AAACAUCUGAAGACUGGACCCGAAAACAGCCGUCGGAACCAUGUCAACUUUGUAUCCCGGUGGGGCACUCAUAGCUGUCGGUCUGGCAGGCCAUGGUUAUCGGAAAGGUUCUUUAUCACCUUCAGGUGCUAUAGCAGCUUUGUUAGUGGGUUAUGGACAUUUGGCAAAUCCUUUGAAGUUGUUUGGAACUACUAUGAUAGUGUUUUAUCUCUUAGGUUCGAGAGCUACCAAGGUGAAAGCUGCUUAUAAAGCGACACUUGAAGAUGGUCCGGAUCCUACGAAACCAGGAGGGAAUAGAGAUGCUAUACAAGUUCUUUCGAAUUCUCUUCCUUCCCUUCUUGCGGCAUUGGCUUAUAGAUUCUACGUGUCUCAGAAUAUCUUUCGCACUGGUCCUAUCUCCUCCAACGGACUCAGCAGGUCGCUCAUCUUCUUCGCUCUCGGACACUUCUCCAACUGUCUCGCCGAUACCCUCGCUUCAGAAUUAGGCAUCCUCUCUUCUUCCCCUCCACGUCAUAUCCUCACUCUUCAAUCAGUCCCAAAAGGGACCAACGGUGGUGUUUCUCCUCUCGGUCUUGGUGUCUCGGCUUUGGGUGGUCUGGUCAUGGGAUUGACUAUGGUUGUGGAUUUAUUGAUUGAAGAUCCUAUGUCUCGGAAUGACUAUGGAUGGGCUUCAGAGUUGCUCGUGUUUGGUAUUCUUGCUGGAUUGGCUGGAAGUGUGCUCGACAGUAUUCUCGGUGCUACCCUCCAACAAACCCUUUUCUCAGAAAAAGACCAUAAGAUCCUCACUGACCUCUCCACCCGUCGGUCAGGGGAGGACAUCAAACCGAUCGGAUUCGGUCUGAACAUACUGAGCAACUCUGGGGUGAAUUUUGUAUGUGGAUGGGUAUUGGCGAGUGUGGGAUGGUGGUAUGGGAGUAGGGUAUGAUUCGUACUUUUCUCUUCCCCUGUGUAUCUUCACAAUCAUCUUUUGUACGUACAUGCAUGUCACUUUCAUAUUUGUUCGUU